AUGCCUGAAUAUCUCAAGAACAUGCAGACUCAAAACUGCAAGAAGCGCGAGAUCAUCGACGCCGCCGGCUCCAACGAAGUUGCCCGCUCGCGCGCUGCCCACGCAGAUCUGGCCUUCACUGACGUCUACCCUCAGCUUUCGUCUACCAAGCAUUCCUACCUCGACAGCCCCGAGCCAGAGACUCGUGCUCGUACCGAUUCGCUCAUCACUGAUUCCGAGUCUCAAACUCCUCGUGCGCUGCAGCUCGAGUACGCAAUUGACCAAGCCUCUACGUCGCCUCUGAAUGCUCCACAGCUCGCUCGUGGCGUCGACAUCCGCAACAGCUCCCAUGCACCGCGCCCUCAGUUCUCAAAAGCGGCUCACUUCAACAGUCGUGGCACCGGCUUGCGCAAUGCUGGAUGCGCGAAGCGCCAUCGCCGACGUCCCGUCGAUGCAAUCCAGAGCUGCAUGAAUCGGCCCACGAUCCGCCGUCUCGCCCGCCGAGGAGGUGUCCGACGCAUCAGCGGUGGUGUAUACGCCGAAAUCAGACUCGCGCUGCGCAGCCGUCUGACCGAGACAAUUCGCCGUGCCGUGGCAAUUGUGGAUGCUCGACAGCAGAAGACUGUUCGGGCCAACGAUAUUGUCUAUGCACUUCGAGGUAUGGGCACUUCGUUGUAUGGAUUUGGCGAGGGAAAGUCUUAUAGAGGUUACUCGUAUAUGUAAGACCGGAUGAUGGAGAGAUGUAUCACACCGCUUAUGGGAGAUAUAUGUUGGAUUUCGGACCGGAUGUUGUCGAGAAGUCAUCGAUGAUCUGGAGAGGGACUGACUGCUUUGGGCUAUUUUGCUCAGAUCUUGGAACCGAUGUGGUUGGGAUAUAUUGCAAUCAAGCUUGUACUUGGCACGUGGCUACAUCAUGCAGAGAUCUGUCAAGGAUAUUCUUGAAAGGAGACUAGAGCAGAAAUGCUAGAAUAGGACUAGAGUAUCUGAUUAACACGAUAAGACUAAGAUGAGUCAACAUAAAGCAUAAAUCGUUCAGUCGUUCGAAGUCGUGAGGCAUGGUCUCAUAAGCCACCCUUGUC